ACGUAACCUCAGUCCUUGACGUCGACCAGCUCAACGCGGUCUUUGCUGCAGGGAAUGGCAUGGAAGGACGACACUCAGGUGGAUUCCGACAUCGUGACAAGGGCCAGUUCACUGUCGGAGUUGACGCUGGUUGUCCAAGACUAUCUACCCCAUCCUGACACCGAAUCUCAGUCAGAAAUCCAGCCCACCCCGGACAUCGACAUCGCGCCAUGGCUGCAUACGCCCAGGAUUCCUCCGAAGCGCUCUUUUGGUUUUGUUCAGAAACCAUCUUUGCCGUCCAUUCCGUUCGCCCGUUCGAGCAGCUCUGCAGUCUCUUUAAGGAGCAGAGCAAAUGACUCCCAGUCUUUCCUGGCAGACCCAUCUGACGUCUAUUCGAACGAUUCGCGAAAGGGUAAUCCACUUGGUUUCCUCAGUGACAUUAUGAGAAAGCGCUCGCGUUCAAAACUCAGCUUGGACAGCGGUGACACCUUCGCGACGUAUCCAUACCCUUCUUUGAAUCCUUCCAUGAUAUCUAUGCAGGACAGCGCAGCAUCAUUCCGUUCUUACCCCCCUAUGAGCUCAUCACCUCAGCCUUUGCUGAAGAAAGAAAGGGACAAACCACGCAUAAGAAGACCACGCCUCAAUAAAACUGUUCCCCUCACUCACAAGGACUCGUCAAGCGAACUUCCUUUCACCCUCGAUACAGACAUCUCACAUAUGGAUGGCAUCGUCAGCCCAGAAGUCUUGGAGGGACCCUCUAACGUAUCUCCAUCCAGCGUUCUCGACAUAUCAGGCUUCACCCCUCCUUCACCUUCGGCGACCAUGUUUAGCGACCCGUUUAAUUCAAGUUCGGUAUCAUCUAAACGGAACGCAUACUAUUUCCACGACUUCCGUAAAAUAUCUCCAAAAUCAACAUUGGGUCCGUACCGCCUUGAAGACCAGCCUCACGAGAGAAUGUCGGAUGGUGCCUGGACUGCUCCGGAGAGCUGGGCAGUGGAAAGGGAAGAAGUAUUUGGACCUGAAGAGGAAGUUCAUUCUGUCUCAGAGGAGGAAAGUCUUGCCGCGAGCAGUUCGCGCUCUCCGGACGAUGGUUCAGCCUACAAUCAUACCGGCGCACGAAGACGUGGCCGCCGUGAGUCUCGCCAUUCUCAUAAACAAGCAACUACCACGAACAAAUUCGUGCGCGUCCGGAUAUACCGGGACGACGGCUCCUACCACGUUGCCCAAAUUUUACCAACCUCCACAGUUGCGGACCUUACUCCUUCACUCAAUGCCAAGGUGCUCCUUGAUCAGGAUCGCGAGACACACAAACUAUACCUCAAAGAACGUGGGAGAGAGCGAGUCCUUGCACCUACUGAACGGCCUGCCGCCAUUACUCGACGUCGAUUGGAACAAGCUGGGUAUGAUCAGGCUGAUAGCCUCGAUUACAUUGCUGCGGAAGAUAUGACAUUUCUUCUCAAGUUUGUUUAUAAAAGCCAACUCCUCGGGCCACCUGAGGACUUACAGUUCAACGAAUUGGAAUACGUGGACCUCACUGGAUGCGGCCUGCCCACGAUACCAAUAAUUCUACACAAGAAUGCAGCAUCCAUCGUAUACCUGAAUCUAUCACGCAAUCCCAUGGUUGAGAUUCCGCUCGACUUCAUUCAGUCAUGCGCGACCCUGCGCGAACUACGGCUGUCAAACAUGGCGAUGAAAAAGGUGCCCCAGAGCGUGCGACAUUCAGCAAGUCUUCACCGCCUCGACCUCUCUUGCAACCGCAUUGUAGACCUUGAUGAUGCCGCACUUGAGCGUAUCCCUGAACUUAAUUCCUUGAAGCUACAGAACAACCGGUUGGAACAGUUGCCUUGGUACUUGCCCAGGCUCUGCAAUUUGAAGUACUUGAACAUAUCGAACAACAAGUUUGUCCAACUCCCGUCAGUAAUAUGCAAACUGCCAGCACUUCUCGACCUUGAUGUCUCCUUCAACAUGAUCACAGAUCUCCCCGAGGACAUAGGGGAGCUGGUCCAGCUGGAGAAGCUUAUUUUCGUUGGAAAUAAUGUUUCCAAGAUCCCGGAGCAGUUCAACCGGCUUGUCAACCUGAAGGUGCUGGAUUGUCGACGGAACAGCAUUUCCGACCUUUCCUUCACCCACGCACUUCCGAAUCUCGAGGUUCUCUCAGCAGAUCAUAAUUACGUGCAUGCCCUCGAUUUAUCCCACUGGCCCCGCACGACACAGAAGCUUGACGCCUCUCACAAUGACAUCACCCUUCUCAAACUCGUUACUCCGACGCCAAUGCCAUAUGCACUGACCUCUCUUGAUGUUUCGUAUGCGAAGUUAUCGUCGCUUGAUGAUUUCACUCUCUCCCACCUUUCCUCCCUUCAACAUCUCACACUCGAUCAUAACCUGUUUCGGGCCCUCCCUGAAGCCCUAGGUGACCUCAGUCACCUCCUCACGCUUUCAUGCUCGGACAACCACCUUGAUGCACUACCUGAGUCUAUUGGGCGCCUCCAACGCCUCGAGACCCUCGAUGCGCACAACAACAGCCUCACACGCAUUCCUGCCUCCAUUUGGAACUGCGCGUCGCUCACCAUGAUCAACGUCACCUCAAACCUGAUGGAGGUGUGGCAUGAGCCCCCAGGCACUGGACUUGUUUCGCCACCUUCGACUGGCAUCACUCUCGACGUUCCGCCCGACCUUCCUGGCGGACGACAUUACCCCGUUCGUAAUUUGCUCUCUGAAGAAUCAUCACAUAUCCCGGCUCCGGCAAGACCAGCCCCUCCACUUGCAUACUCCCUUGAGCGCCUUUACGUCGGCGAAAAUCGCUUGACUGACGAAUCGCUUCCGCCGUUCACGGUCUUCAAAGAGUUGCGCGUGCUCAAUCUAUCUUUCAACGUGAUUCAGGAAAUGCCUUCCUCGUUCUUCCGUAACUUGUCGAAACUUGAAGAGCUCUACCUAAGCGGGAACCAGUUGACAAGCAUCCCGACUGAGGACUUGUAUAAGUUAACACGACUUUCAGUCUUGUUCUUGAACGGGAACAAGUUGCAGACGCUCCCGCAUGAGCUAGGAAAGGUGCAGAGUUUGAUGGUGAUAGACGUGGGUAGCAACGUUCUGAGGUAUAACAUCAAUAACUGGGAGUUUGAUUGGAAUUGGAAUUUCAACAAGAAUCUUAAAUAUCUGAAUCUAUCCGGAAACAAACGGUUGGAAAUCAAGCCCGAGAAGUCGGGCAACAAACCCCUCUCCGCGAACGAAGAGGAAAGUAGAGCGAUCCUCGCUGACUUUUCCGAGCUUCACCAAUUGCGAGUGCUGGGUUUGAUGGACGUUACAACAGCAUUCUUGCCCAACAUCCCGGAUGAGAGCGAAGACCGCCGUGUACGCACAUCGCUCUCCGAGGUAAACAAGAUGUCAUACGGCAUUGCUGAUAACCUUGGACACAACGGUUAUCUCAGCAUGUUUGACCUCGUCCAACCGAAUUUCCGGGAAAAUCAAGACGAGGCAGUAUUUGCUAUGUUUGGCCGCACCCACGCAGCGUUGAGCAAUAACCACCUUUCGAAGUUCCUACAUGACAACUUCCUCCGACAGUUCACGGAUCAUCUGAACAAACUGGAUAAGGCGAAGGAUGAAAGUGUCGCGGAUGCGCUGAGAAGAACCUUUUUGAGGCUGAACAAAGUACUCCACGAUUCCUUAUACUCUUCAGCAUUACCGCAUCGCAAGUUGUCCCAAGCAAGCGUAUCCACGAGCACCACAACGCCCUUUGACGCAUCGUACAGAGGAACCGGCGCGGACGGCAUCGUCCUUUACCUCACCGGGAAGACGCUCUACGUUGCUAAUGCCGGCCAGGCAUUGGCCGUGAUAUCCUGUCGAGGGAGCGCGGAGGUAAUUUCCAAGAGACAUAAUCCGUUUGAUCGUGGUGAAACGAUUCGCAUCCGCGCUGCGGAGGGGUGGAUCUCUCCCAAGGGCUUCAUCCAUGACGCCAUCGAUACGUCGCGCGCAUUUGGUUUCUUCCACGACUUUCCCGUUGUGAAUGCCCGUCCGGAUGUGUAUGUACGGCAGCUAAUGGAGCAAGAUGAAUUCGUUAUCGUCGCAAACAGUGGCUUGUGGGAUUACAUCUCCUACCAGACUGCUGUCGACAUUGCGCGGUCGGAGAUAUCAGAUCCCAUGAUUGCUGCACAGAAAUUGCGUGACUUUGCAAUCAGCUAUGGGUCCGACGGGAGCACGAUGAUCAUGGUCAUUUGUGUCGCCGAUUUGUUCCAGUCGAAGCAACCAGUCGUGGACUCCGUACUCGACCCUGAUGCAUACGGCACAGGAAAGAAUCGUCGGCCAAAGAAGCCUGAUAUUGCAGACCGAACGCUCGCCAGGCUGGGUGAAGAAGUACCUCCUCCAGUGGGUCACCUCUGUCUCGUGUUCACCGACAUCCGGAACUCGACCCAGCUCUGGGAAGCAAACGCCGGUAUGCCAACUGCUAUGCGCCUUCACAACAGCUUACUGCGAAGGCAUCUGCGCAUAUGUGGCGGGUACGUCGUCAAGACCGAAGGUGAUGCAUUCAUGUGUUCGUUUCCGACCACUCUUGCCGCCCUGUGGUGGUGUCUCACUAUUCAGGUGCAACUUCUCCAUGAGCCGUGGCCGUUGGAAAUUCUCGAGUGUGGUGAGGGCAGAGAAGCUUAUGAUGCGGAAGGCAAUUUGAUCGCCCGUGGUUUGUCUGUGCGCAUGGGUCUCCACUGCGGUACACCUGUGUGCGAACCCGAUCCGAUCACCAACCGGAUGGACUACUUUGGGCCCAUGGUUAUACGUGCUUCUCGACUUAGUGGACAUGCGGCCGGUGGACAGAUUAUGUGUAGUGCGGAUGUGGUGCGCGAAAUCAAUGCUCGCAUCACAGAGACAGGGCCAUACACGGAGUACUCCGAGUUCCAGCCACCGACAGCGAUUGAAGCAAUCCGUGGCAUGGGUAUUAAGGUUAUUCCCGUCGGGGAGAUCAAGCUCAAGGGGUUGGAAGUCCCCGAGAUGGCAACACUCAUAUAUCCCGCACAGGUGGCCGGCAGGAUGUUCAUGGUGCCAAACUCGGCCCCAACCAGUGCCUCCGUAGCACCCGUGAAGGCACAGUGGUCUGUGGAUCAAGUCCGGGAGCUUGCGUUACUCUGUCUUCGUUUCGAGGCCCUCGCAUCGUCCCGUGUCUUUAAGAUGCACGCAGAACUAGACCCAAGGGAUACGACCCAGCCGUCUGGCGUGAAUAACCCACGUGGAUACCUAGAGGGAGACUUGAAUCUUCUUCUCCCCCCUUUGAACGACAAGACCACAGAGCAUGAGGUCAUGACACUACUCGAUUCGCUACUCACGCGACUCGAGAAUGCUGCCUCUACUCUCGCACUCAAAGCGAUGGCGGAAGACUCGGCUGCUAUUUUAUCAAUCCUUCGGAAUCAUGGCGGGAUUGACGGCCGGACCCUCAGAGUGCUUUCAUCGUCGCUUGGCAGGUAGUAUUGUUAUUCCUUUCCUUUUUAUUGCUUGCUUGCUUCGUCCACGUCAUACACCUUUACACUUUUGUUUUACCUUGUUCACAUGUAUUGCCUCACAUUGCAAUAUUUGUACCAGGCACUCGUUGCGGACUACUUGUACAUACCUUGUAUGUUUGCCCAAGCAUUGCACUCUGUUACUAUACAUUGUGUUUUGUAUCCUUUUUCAAUUGUACUGAAUGAAUAACCCUCCGUGUUUCGACUCAUGGUCAACUGCUGUAGGUUUGCAAGUGCUCGGAAAACUAGAUCGCUGAAUAAACUUCUUUUCAUCGACUUCGCUUAGACCUUCAAAGUGUGGGGGACGAUCUCGAUCCAGUACCUGGAGAUCAUCAUUCAA